AUGGGCAUGCGCCAGAGUACACUGCUGCUACUGGCAUGCAGCUCGGUCGCCGUCCUCGGCGCCGACCAGAACGACCCGACGCUGCCGGCCAAGUCGGGCGUCGGCAUCUGGAUCGACGUCGACACGCCCGCCGACAAGUACCAGAUCACGAGCUCGCGCGGCGAGACGUGGGACCUCGUCAUGAGCGACGAGUUCAAUAUCGAAGGCCGCAACUUUACGGCUGGCGAAGACCAUCUCUGGACAGCGCUCGACAUUCCCGAUGGCGUCAACCGUGCGAUUGGCAUCUACACGCCCGAGAACGCGAUUACGCAGAACGGCUCGUUCCACAUCCGCGUCGACUCGCGCGAGAUUGACGUGAGCUUCUACAACGUCUGGUCGGAAGCGCCUGCGUGGGCGUCCAAGAAGAUGUGGUAUGCCUCGGCGAUGAUGCAGACCUGGAACAAGUUUUGCGUCCAAGGCGGCUUUGUCGAGAUCUCGGCCAAGAUGCCCGGUGCUACCAACAAGGAGUCGCUCAACUCGCACGUGACUGGCAAGCGCUGGGACGGCACCAAGGACAUUCCGGUGAAACCCAUGGAUCGGAUUCCUGAAAUUCGGUUUUACCCAACCUGGCCGGGCCUUUGGAUGAUGGGCAAUUUGGGCCGGGCGCUGUUUGCAGCAUCGACCAACCGUGUCUGGCCCUGGACGUACAACGAGUGCGACGAGCGGUACCGGACGUCCCAGCGCAUCUCUGCGUGCGAUGCGAACCCUGGCUACGGUUUGAACCCGUACCAAGGUCGAGGGUCGCCCGAAAUCGACAUUCUCGAAGGCGGUGGCAGUGAUAUCUCGUCGUCGAUCCAGAUCGCGCCGGGCAUGCCGGACGAGUACCGUCUGAAGUUCCCGGAUAUGCAGUACGAACGAACCAACUACACCGAUCCCCAAGGUCGCAAGGGCCAGGGCCAUCUCUUUUGCUACUACGAAAAGACGUGUACAACACCUGGGGCCAACAUGGCCGACAUUCCGACGUCGGCGUUCGCGUCGCGCGGCCACAAGUCGUGGUACCAGGGCCUACGCUACGCGGCCAACCACCGGUGCACACCGGUAGAGGCCUUCAAGCAGCAGUACGACUCGGUCGCCAAGGCACAGAACGGCCCCAUCAUCGACAACCAGUGGGACGUCAAGACCAUUAGCUCGGGCCGUGACCUCCAUGCAGAUCUGGGCCUCAUCGACGGCAAGGGUCCUCUUCAUUGGGGCAUCAACUACAACGGGACGUGCUUUCCGAUUGCCAACGGCUACAAGGGUGGCUUCCUCUGCGAUCGCGACAGCCAGUUCUCCAAGUGCGAGAACCCGCGCAAGGACUGGCAGGUGCCAACCAAGAUGAUGGAGCCGUUCGAGUAUCAAAUGGACGCUAUCUCGUCCAACUGGCAGAUCAGCUUUGAGGCAUACACGACGUACUACAAGUACCAGCUCGAGUGGGUUAUUGGUGACAAAGGCUACGUGCGCUGGAACCUCGCGGGGGCGCCGAUCUUUGAGAUCCCGUCAGCGUCGUUGACCAACCCGCCGCAGGGCCCGCCAGGGAAGGAGAAGAAUCCCCCCAAGAUCAUGAUCGAAGAGCCGAGCUACUUCAUCUUCAACGUCGCGAUGGCGUCGGCCUGGGGUGCCACACCGCCCAACUGGCAAGUCGGAGGCUGCCGCGGCAACGCGACGCACCCUGAGCCGGGUUCGUGGGAGCACAAGGUGACCAACAACAUUUGCGACUCGUUUCCGAUGUACAUGUCGGUCGACUACAUCCGCGUCUG